UUCUCUGACGCUACUGACGUCCUAGUUGAGUCCAUCAUGGCCGCGCCCAUAGACCUCGAGCUAAAAAAGGCCUUUGCAGAGCUUCAGGCCAAGAUGAUUGACACACAACAGAAGGCUAAGCUAGCUGACUUGCAGAUCGAUCAGUUGACCCGGAUGAAGAAACAUGCCAACCUCACACACACGGAGAUUGCCUCAUUGCCAGGGACCACGCGAAUGUACGAGGGUGUGGGGCGGAUGUUCAUCCUGCAGUCUAAAGAGGAUAUCAACACCCAGCUCACAGACAAACAGAAAACGGCAGAUGAGAAGAUUAAAGAGCUGGAGCAAAAGAAGACCUACCUUGAGCGCAGUGUGAAGGAUGCUGAAGACAAUAUCAGAGAAAUGCUGAUGUCCAGGAGGGCUCAGUAACACACACACACACGCAGGCUAAUACACCCACAGACAAUUUUACGUCUAUGUAAUAAGUGUUCCCACAUUACCCAAGGUGGCCACGUGUCUGUAAAUCACCAACCAAUUCUGCAAGCUCUUUCCUCCUGUUGGUCUUUCCAGGUAAUAAAGUUAUGAAACAGCA